CCUUAAUUUUAAUACACUUUGGGCUUUCUUGUGUUAAGACAAAUAUGAGAGACCCUUUCGCAGAUGAAAUACUCGAUUUAUACAAAGAGAAAAAUUGGAAAGAAAUUGUAGAAAAAUACCACGACCACCCCGAAAGAAGCAAAGUAUUAUGGGUCUUUCCUACCGAGGACAAUUUUCAGUUUUUGAAAGAGUGCUUGGACAGCUUGGCGUGCGAUAAGAUUAUGAGUGUUGGAUGUGGCACCGGUCUGUUGGAGUGGAUGAUCAGUGAAGCUACUGGCAUUCCAGUGUCAGGAGUGGAAGUAGACAGCGCAUGGUGGAACAGCAAAUACGCUCCGCCCACUUUUAUACCUCUCCUGCUCACAUCCUCUAAGUUAGACAAGGACAUCAUUAAUGUACUGCAAAACUCUACGAACACCGCGUUGACGUUCUGCUACUUCAACAAUCGGCCGGCGUUUGAAGACUACAUAAAUUUUUUUUCCGGAACAUGUUUGAUAAUUAUUGGUCCAGGAGACAGUAAAGGCGUUCAUACUGAUCCAAAACCUUUUAAUGAUGUUAGUGAAGACUGGCUGCUAUACAAAUGGCAGGAAGUCAGGAGCAGCAGUGACUUUAUAGCUGUCUAUUGUAAAAAAUGACUUAAAUUAUUAGUUUAGAAUAUUUUUUUUUAUUGCGACUCCACAACAUAAAAAUACUAGUGUUGCAACGAAUAGUGUAUCGGCUUCCGGCCGAAUCCUGAACUUUCGGCCUGGAGCGUGGCUGAAUAGCCGGAUAAACAGCCUGGUUAAAAGCACGUGCGAAAAUUGACACGAAACUUACCACUAAAUAACUUUAGUUAUGACAAAUAAUUUUCUAUACAAUGAUACAAAAAGUGUACAAAUGAAGAAAGUAAUUGUUUAUUUCACUUCAGUUCUUUAUAGCACUUAAUUUUAUUUUGGUAUGCAAGUAAUAAGUACUUGGUUGAUUUUGCUUGUUUGUUUAUUUAGUUAUAAGUAGGUACUUUUAAUUUGAUUUAUCACCAUUUUCCAUCUCUUAAUUAUAUCAUAAAGAAAAACAGCUUAGUUUUGUUACAUUUCCUUUGAUCUCUUAGAUAAAUCCAGAUAGAUCCAUUGCCCUUCGCAAAUUUACAAUACGUAGGUAUGUAAAGCAUUAAUAAAAGUUAAAUGAUAAUUUACUGUUUUUCCUUAUAUCUUUCAAUUGUUUGUAAGUAAUCGGUAUUCGGCCGAAUAGUAAUUAAAUAUUCGGCUGAAUAGUAAAAAACACGCCGUUUGCCGAAUAUUCCUUGCUACUCUAAAAAAUACACAUAAAGUAAGAAUAAUUGAAACAAACAAAAUACGAGCCAAAAUACAGGUAUCGUAUCUAGUUUAUUAUAUAUU